CGCAAUCUAAGAGUACUUCCGGGUUAGAGAGAAAUUCUGCAUGUCACCGCUAUAGAGAGUUUUUUUAAAUUAUUAUUGUUAUUAUUAAGAAAUAAAAUUUAGGAAAGAUGUCGCGCGGCUCGAGCGCCGGGUUUGAUCGGCAUAUCACUAUUUUCUCACCAGAGGGAAGACUUUAUCAAGUGGAAUAUGCGUUUAAGGCCAUUAAUCAGGGCGGCCUGACGUCGGUCGCUGUGCGGGGGAAAGACUGCGCCAUCGUCGUUACACAGAGAAAAGUUCCAGACAAGCUCCUGGACGCCUCUACAGUCACUCACCUGUUCCGCAUCACAGACAACAUCGGCUGCGUGAUGUCCGGCAUGACGGCUGACAGCAGGUCUCAGGUGCAGAGAGCUCGCUACGAAGCAGCGAACUGGAUGUACAAAUACGGCUACGAGAUUCCAGUCGACAUGUUGUGUAAAAGGAUCGCAGACAUUUCGCAAGUUUACACACAGAACGCUGAGAUGAGACCGCUCGGCUGCUGUAUGAUCGUGAUCGGGAUGGAUGAGGAGCUGGGGCCGCAGGUGUAUAAGUGCGACCCUGCAGGUUAUUACUGCGGCUUUAAGGCCACGGCCGCCGGAGUGAAACAGACGGAAGCCAUCAGCUUCCUGGAGAAGAAAGUCAAGAAGAAACACGACUGGACCUUCGAGCAGACCAUCGAGACGGCGAUCAGCUGCUUGUCCACGGUGCUGUCCAUCGAUUUCAAGCCGUCUGAGCUGGAGGUGGGAGUGAUAACGGCGCAGGAGCCCAGGUUCAGGAUUCUCUCUGAAGCGGAGGUAGAUGCUCACCUGGUGUCUCUCUCUGAGCGAGACUGAGCUCAGAGACGCACGGCAUUGUGGGAAAUGUGUAGAACACUGUUUAAGUCAUUAACAUCUUGCUUUUCUGUAUAUUUCUCUGUAUGAUUAAAGCUGUUUUUGAAGAAAAA